AACUUCACAGAUUCACUACUCAGUUCCUUUUUUUUUUUUUUUUUUUUCUUUUCUGGUCUUUAGUUACUGCAUUCUGCAAUGCCACUACGCUUUUAAGAAGGGACUAGGAAGACACAUGCACCCCAGCAACAGGGAUGCUUGAGGUCAGUGCUGAAUGUUUCUGAGGCAUUGUAAUUUGUAAAUCAUUUGGUUUGAGUAGUUGUGGUAGUUGAAGAAACACUAGUGACGUACAAAACCUGCUCUAUGACAAAUAAGACAUAACUAAAGUCUAACCAAAAAUGUUGCAGAAGUUCAACUUUUGCCUUUUCCUUCUGCCAUUUUGUUUAUUUGGAUGAAAUGCUUCUCUUGAUCAUUCAGAGAAUAAUCAGUGUACAAUAGUAACAUAAAUGGUUCUUUAAACACUGCAGGGUAUUGUGAAUUUCUUGUAAAGGUUCACUCUUCUCCUUUUUUAGAAUAUUUAGCUUAGCUUUCUUCAAUUGAAGUGUUUUCCUUACAAAAUCCAAAUUGGUGCAGAUUAAUUGGUGAGUCUUGUGUGUAGUGUGCUCUGAGAAAGGAAAAUGCAGAAGCCACUAGAGCCCCUAGAUUUUGCUCUCAAGGAGACCUCACCCAACAUUGGAGCAGGUGCAGUCGCAAGGAACAAGCUCUCCUGCACCUAUGACCUGGUUGAACAAAUGCAAUACCUCUAUGUUCGAGUGGUUAAAGCCAAGGAUUUACCUGGGAAGGAUGUUACUGGAAGUGUUGAUCCCUAUGUUGAAGUGAAGCUUGGAAAUUACAAGGGCCUUACCAAGCACUUCCAGAAAAAGUCAAACCCUGAAUGGAAUCAGGUUUUUGCCUUCUCCAAAGAGAGAGUUCAAGCUUCUGUUUUGGAGGUGGUGAUCAAAGACAAGGAUGUUCUUGUGGACGACUUGGUAGGCAGAGUGCUGUUUGAUCUCAAUGAAAUUCCGAAACGCGUGCCGCCGGAUAGCCCAUUGGCUCCACAAUGGUAUAGGUUGGAAGAUAGGAGAGGUGACAAAGCCAAGGGAGAGCUAAUGCUGGCAGUUUGGAUGGGAACUCAAGCAGAUGAGGCAUUUCCUGAUGCAUGGCAUUCUGAUGCAGCAAGUGUUGGUCCUGAAGCAGUUGCAAACAUAAGAUCAAAGGUUUACCUUUCACCCAAGCUUUGGUAUGUCAGGGUCAAUGUUAUUGAAGCUCAGGACUUGAUACCAAAUGAUAAAAGCCGGUAUCCUGAAGUCUUUGUGAAAGCUAAUCUGGGGAGUCAGUUUUUACGAACUAGAAUAUCCCCAAGUAAAACCAUAAAUCCCAUGUGGAAUGAGGACUUGAUGUUUGUUGCUGCUGAGCCAUUUGAGGAAGCCCUGGUUCUGACUGCAGAAGACAGGGUUGGACCAAACAAAGAUGAAAUCCUAGGAAAGUGUGUGAUUCCUUUACAGAAUGUGCAAAGGAGGUUGGACCAUAAGCCUGUGAACGCAAGGUGGUUUAAUCUUGAAAAGCAUGUGGUUGUUGAAGGGGAACAGAAGAAAGAAACCAAGUUCUCAAGUAGGAUACAUUUGAGGAUUUGCUUGGAAGGUGGCUACCAUGUGUUGGAUGAAUCAACACACUACAGUAGUGAUCUUAGGCCAACUGCAAAACAACUGUGGAAGCCCAGCAUUGGAAUUCUGGAAGUGGGGAUUAUAAGCGCACAAGGGCUAAUCGCAAUGAAGACAAGAGAUGGUAGAGGAACCACAGAUGCAUAUUGUGUAGCUAAAUAUGGGCAGAAGUGGAUCCGUACUAGGACAAUUGUAGAUAGUCUUGUUCCAAGGUGGAAUGAGCAAUACAUUUGGGAGGUUUUUGAUCCAUGUACUGUUAUUACAGUAGGGGUUUUUGACAAUGGUCAUUUACAAGGGGGAGACAAAUCAGAUGGAUCAAAGGAUUCAAGAAUAGGGAAGGUGAGAAUUAGGCUAUCCACUCUUGAAGCUGAUAGGGUGUACACACACUCCUAUCCUCUUUUAGUACUGCAGAAUUCAGGUAUGAAGAAAAUGGGAGAAGUGCAAUUGGCUGUGAGGUUCACAAGCUUAUCUUUGAUAAAUAUGUUAUCUACAUAUUCACAGCCAUUGUUGCCAAAGAUGCACUACAUCCAUCCUCUAUCAGUGAUUCAGCUAGACAGUCUUAGACAUCAGGCUAUGCAGACUGUGUCAAUAAGGUUGAGCAGGGCUGAGCCACCACUAAGGAAAGAAGUGGUGGAAUACAUGCUAGAUGUGGACUCACAUAUGUGGAGUAUGAGAAGGAGCAAAGCUAAUUUCUUCAGAAUAAUGAAAGUCCUAGGUGGGUUGAUAGCCAUUGGAAAGUGGUUUGAUCAGAUUUGCAAUUGGAAAAACCCUCUCACAACCAUACUCAUUCAUAUCCUUUUCAUAAUAUUGGUUCUUUAUCCAGAGCUUAUACUUCCCACAAUUUUCCUUUAUCUAUUUCUCAUUGGAAUUUGGAACUUUAGAUGGAGGCCAAGACACCCUCCUCAUAUGGACACACGACUAUCACAUGCUGAUGCUGCUCAUCCUGAUGAAUUGGAUGAAGAGUUUGAUACAUUCCCAACUUCGCGAUCACCAGAUAUUGUUAGGAUGAGGUAUGAUCGUUUAAGAAGCAUUGCAGGAAGGGUCCAAACAGUUGUAGGUGAUCUUGCCACUCAAGGAGAAAGGUUCCACAAUCUGCUAAGUUGGAGAGACACAAGGGCUACCACUCUCUUUGUGACAUUCUGUUUCAUUACUUCUGUAGUUCUCUAUGUCACUCCCUUCCAAGUUGUGUCCCUUCUCAUUGGCUUCUAUGUGCUAAGGCAUCCCAGAUUCCGCCAGAAAUUUCCAUCAGUCCCAUUCAACUACUUCAGGAGAUUGCCUGCUAGAGUAGACACCAUGUUGUAAAAAUGGAUUAUCACAUCUCAACAUCUCCCAUCAGAUAGAUAUAUUCAAGCCGGGGAAGGAACAGUUGUGCAACCAGCUCCUUUAUCAUAAUGCUUCAUAUAAUGUGUUUGUCCUUAUAAAGUGCAAUUUUCAUUAGACUGCAAUUGUGUUAUGCUCAUCUAAUGUUAAUUAUAAACUGUAACUAGAUAUUCCUUGUAACCCUUUCCAGUAUGCAAAACUAGUCAUUAGUAUUAUUUUUCAGUGAUGUUUAGUGUAGUUAAUGUUACUA